UGUGUCCAAUCCCCACAUUCGUUUGAGUGACUCCUCAGCAGUUGAAGGCUCAUCAUUUUGGAUGCGAUGUGAUCUGGAGAAUGGCACAGAACCCAUUCACUACAUCUGGGAACAGGAGAAGCUAAGUGGGCAGGUCAGCAUACUGGCUGAGAGCAACAGCAGUCUGAUCACCAUUACCUCAGUUAAUCGCAAUCACACGGGAUGGUUCAGAUGCCAGGCCAGGAAUGAGGUCAAUCAGGAGCGCAGUAACCAGGUCUGGCUAGACAUCUUAUAUGGCCCUGACAUGCCACAGAUCAAUGCUUCUAGCUAUUCAGUAACAGAGGGAGGCUAUUCAGCACUGGAAAAAGGAAACAUCUCCCUCAAUUGUCAAGCCACUUCUAAACCUCUUAGCCAGUAUGUCUGGUUCUACAACAACUCAGAGAUCUACUCUGGACCACAGCUUGCAAUCACCAACAUCCUGCGUGUGCAUGCAGGAAACUACACCUGUCUGGCCAAGAACACUUAUAUCAACAACCAUGCACAGAAAACUAUCACUCUCACCAUCUACUAUCCACCAGAUGGUGUUCCUUCAUGUUCUAUAUUUUCAACAAACAACUACACUGAUCUGGCUCUCUUCUGCUCCUGGGAAGGGGGUUACCCUCCAGCUACCCUCAACUGGAGUCCAUAUGUGAAUGGACAGAACUCACCGGGCAUUUCUAAUGUCACUCGGAUUCAGCCAGGAGCUGAGCUGGCUAACAACUCUGUAUUCACCUGCUAUGGCUCACAUGUUACACUUAACAGCACCCGAACUUGCAGCACCAGGGCAUGGCUGCCGUAUGGAGAUCCUCAGUGUUCUGCCAAUUCCAGCUUUAAUAAUGAGUACCUGAUAUUGGCCUGCUCGUGGGAGGGGGGUGUCCCUCGGACCUUGGUGUGGUGGGCUUCAAGUUCGGGAGACAUACAGGGUUUACCCGAGGAGAACUCCAACAUCCUGGUCCUGCGGUCAAGUGCCACUUACAAUGGCAAAACCUUUGUGUGUCAUGCUAAACAUCCACUGAUUAAAGAGAGCAAAAAAUGUGUAGUAAUACUAGAAAGGCCAGUCUUGAUACCUCAGCAGAGUGUGGUUUCUGUUUUUGAGGGCAAUGAUAUUCAGCUCACAUGCAUAUUGAGUAAAACCUACCCUCCAGUCACAAAGAUUGUGUGGUACAAUAACUUAAAGCAGAAUGUGAUUGAAAAACCCAAGAAGUACAUUGUUCAGCAUGCUGGAACAUGGACCAGUCUGACUGUACAGGAGACAGACCGCAAGGUGGACAGUGGCCAGUACUGGUGUUCUGCUUCCAAUGCUCUUGGAGGAAUGGAGAUUUCCAUUUUACUGCUAGUGAUGAGGUAUCCGACACCUCCCAAUGUGACCAUCAGUAAGAUCAUAUACAGUGGGCGUCAGAGGACAAUUGUCAACGUGGAGUGGUUGGUUCAGGCAUAUGGUGAUGUCACUGGGUUUUUCAUUGAGCAGCGAAAGCUCACUGUUCCUUUCGAGAGAAGUGACAUUGUCCCUGUCUGGGAGAAAGUCACUGAAAAUCUGGAACCUAGCACUCGAAGCUACCAGAUCACAAAUCUUGAACCCAGUACCAUGUAUGCAUUCCGUGUAACACCGGUCAAUCGUCGUACUAUUGGAUAUUCUUCUGAGAUCAAGAGCCCAGUGUCUUCACCUGUGUCCAAACCCUACAUCCUGGUGAGUGACCCAUCACCUGAGGAAGGAGCAUCAUUAUGGAUGUACUGUACUCUGAAUGAUGGAACAGAUCCCAUACAGUACACAUGGGAGCAUGAGAGCCGCAGUGGACAGGUCACCAUUUUAGCUGAGAGCAGCAGUAGUUUAAUUAACAUCACCUUGAUUACACGCAAUCACACAGGCUGGUUCAGAUGCCUGGCAAAGAAUGAGGUUAAUCAGCAGCACAGUGACCGACUCUGGGUAGACGUCAUAUUUGGACCAGACCUGCCACAGAUUGAUGUAACACCCUACUCAGUAACAAAUCGAGGAUACUCAGCUCUGGAAAAUGAGACUGUUUCCCUCUUAUGUCAAGCUUCAUCCAACCCUCCCAGUAUGUACGUCUGGUUCUACAACAACUCCCAGGUUUACACUGGACCACAGCUCACUUUCACUAAAAUCCUUCGAAUCCACACAGGCUACUAUGCCUGUCUGGCCCAGAACACUUACCUGAACACCCGCUCCAAGAAAACCAUCACUCUCAUCGUCUACUAUCCACCAGAGGGAAGUCCAUCUUGUUCUGUUCUCCCAGUGAACAACUACACUGACCUAGCUCUGUCCUGUUCAUGGAAGGGAGGUUAUCCUUCACCCACUCUGAACUGGAGUCCAUAUGUAAAUGGAGACAACAGAGAGGAAAUUACUGACAUCACUUGGAUUCAAUCAGGGCCUGAGACAGCUAACAACUCUGUAUUCACCUGCUAUGGCUCACAUAUUGCGCUAAAUGUUGCCCAAACCUGUGUCACUAGAACUUGGUUGCCAUAUGGAGAACCCAAGUGUUCUGCAUAUGCGACACGUAAUAACGAGCUCCUGAUGCUGUCCUGUGCCUGGGAGGGCGGUUUGCCUCGGGCUCUACUGUGGUGGACUUCUAGUUCGGGAGACAUGCAGGGAACAUCUGAGGACAACUCUAACAUGUUGGUCCAGCGUUCCAGUGCCAUCUACAGUGGCAAAGCAUUUGUUUGUCAUGCCAAACAUCCAUUAGUUAAAGAGAGCAAGCAGUGUGUGCUAAAGUUAGAGGCACCAGUGUUGAUGACUCAACGCAGUGUGGUUUCAGUGUAUGAAGGCAAUGAUGUCCAGCUCACCUGCAUCCUGAGUAAAAACUACCCAGCGGUCACAAAGAUCACAUGGUAUAAUAACUUAAAGCAGAACGUUGGUGAGACACCAAAUAAAUAUGUCCUCGAGCAAGCUGCCGCCUGGUUGAACCUAACUGUAAGAGAAACAGACAGCAAGGUGGACAGUGGACAGUACUGGUGUUCGGCUGCUAAUGCUAUCGGAGGAGCAGAGAUUCCUGUCUUGCUCCUAGUAAUGAGAUACCCAAUGCCUCCAAACGUGACCAUCAGUAAGAUCGCAUACAGCAGCCAGCAGAGGACAGAUGUCAUGUUGGAGUGGUUGGUCCAGAAUAAUGGAGACCUCACAGGGUUCUUUAUUGAGCGUCAGAGUCUCCGUGUAGGCAAGAGUGAUGUUGUUCCUGUCUGGCAGAAAGUGGUAGUAGAUCUGAGUCCAAUCAUACGGAGCUUUAAGAUCACCAAUCUGGAUCCAAGUGGGAAAUAUGCAUUCCGUGUGACUGCUGUCAAUCACAGAACCACUGGACAUCCAUCAGAGGUCAAGAGCCCAGCAAACCCACGCUUUCAAGCUUAUUCUGCUGUUAUUGGAGCAGCAAUUGGGGGGAUGCUUCUGGCAACAUUAUCUACAGUUCUUCUCUUCAUUUUUGUGCUGCGGAAUCGUAACAACAGUCCUCGUCUUCACAACAUGAUAUUUGGCAGGUAUAACAGCCAGUCCAGAGAAAAUAUCAACCUCCCAGAGGAUGAGGUUGUCAGAGGAGCAGAAGAGGAAGGAGGCAGAGGACAGACAAAGCCAGGUACGUUUAUCAUAAUUUCUUUACUCUUUAGAAUUCCUAAUUUAAUAAUUCUCACCUUUUUCAGGAACAUCGCUGGCCCAGCCAAGAUCUGCCUCAAUGUUCAGCACAUCUUCCCCUGACAACAAACAGGCAAAAUAAAAAAAAUUAUAUUUAUUAAAAACUAACCAAAUCUUCAGUCUUUUAAUGUAACUGACAAUGAAACCCCCCAAAAUGCAAAACCCCAUUAAAUUUUCUGUUUAAAGUGCUUUAUGACAUUUUUUAUACAAUCCUUGCUUAAAGUUGAAAAUGUUUAAAAUGUAUUUUAUACUACAACUUUAAGGUUUUGUUGGAGCUUUAAUAACUCACAAGUGAAUUAUAAUGUGCUUAACUAAUUAGAAUGCUUCUCAGGUUUUCAUCCUAAUAAUCCCAGGGAGUUUCUCCUUACCAUCGUUGCCUCUAGCUUGCUCAUUAGGGAUUAAAAUUAAAAUUUGAAACUUUAUAGUUUGCUUCUGAAAUAUUGUAAAAUAAAAUUGUUUCUUUUAUAUAAUUGAAAAGCUACUUUGAAACAAUGUCCACUGUUAAAAGUACUAUACAAAUAAAAUUCAACUGAAUGGAAUUUAAUGUUAAAUGACUACAUAUACUGUACUGUACCACACAUAAAAUCUGAUUAUUCAGAAAGUGCUCAUUUUCUGUAGCAAGAGCUGCAAUUUAUAG